GCAGCUGGAGGUCACCGGAGCGGCCCACUGUCGGCUGUGGGUAGGGCAGGAUGUCAAGUCUCGGUGGGUGCAACUGGGUCACGAGUCCCGUGAGGCUCAGUCACACAUGACGUCACGACAGCACAGUGAGGCUGUGGGCUUUUCAUGGUAUCAGUUGGGCGGCAGGAAGUUAACCCACCCGCCUCGAGGCCGAGGGUAGGUGUCCCGACUGGACAACGUUUGACCCCGGUGAGAGUUGUGAACUUUCAUCUGUCACCUCCCCGCGCGGAUGCUGCAGCAGACGACAGUGUGUACGGCGUGGUGGACCCUCCGUCGUCGCUGUCGCUAAGUAGGGCUGAGGUCUGCUGGUUGUUGCCAAGGUCUGGAUCACUUGUAAGGCUCGUGAAUGGCAGAGGGACCUGCAGGCCAUUUCCAGAUGGAUGACGAUGCAGUGGAAUCGUUGCUGCGGACCCUGGAGGAGAUGACGGACUCCGCCAUUAACAAAGGGAGCCCACUGAGUGACGAAGGCGAGGGGUCCGAGAUGAGCAAGUGGCUGGAGGCUCCCCUGGGUCAUUUCUUCGACGCCUGUGCGUCCAUACCUCAGUUUACCUCUUCCUCCCAUCUUCAGGACAAUGCCACACGCAGCAGACAGCCAGGCAAUCCAUCCUUUGCCUCGAGGUUCUCUGAAAUCCGUGUACAAAGUGAACCAGGAACAUCUGCGAUUCCUGCGCCAUUGUCUGCAGCAUCUGUGAAUCUUGGUUUCCAGAGCGUGGGGUCACCGAGCGUAGAUGGGGUCUCCCAAAGAGUGAUUGGCUCUGUAACCAAUAGCAACAGGUCCCAGGGUGACACUGAAAGCUCCAUCCUUUGCUGUGACACUAACAGUUUUGUUCCAGCUUGUGACAAGCAGGGCAUUACGCUUUUCCGGGACAUCCACGACUUUGCGCCUUUUCGUGACCACCGAAACACCAUGGCAACCAGUGACCAUCCUGGCACAGUUCACUCUCGUGACCACCGAAACACCAUGAACCAGGCUGACCGGGAACUCGAGCCACGGUGGGCAUCAUCCACGUCUCACUUGACGACUUUUCUUAAGAAUGACGUGACUGCUAACGAAGAAAGUGAUGACGACGUAGAUUACGUAGACGACAACAGCCGUGCAGCUGUCGGUAACAGCUGCUUAGCAGACAGUUUCUUUGCCACGAAGACACUGACAGCAACCAUCCCCGAUGUACACCUUGAUGGCGAGACUCUAGACAACACGGACAAUUCCCGCGAAUCGACGAACUCGACAAUGUCCUCGUGGGAUGACCUCUUGAAUUCGAUUGACCAGGAGGAAAAAUGCUCCUCCUGUACGGACAGCAACCGGUUCGGCGGCAUGACCGUCCUGCAGGUCUUGGCGCAAAGCCGCCGCCAGAGGUUGUUCUGGAAGACUCUCCAUCAAGACAGUCGCCCAGCCUCAGCCCGGUGCAGAACACACGGUCAGCCAAGAGCACAGAGUGGACAGCGGUGUUCGAAAAAUAUGUACCUAAGGAAAAAAAGACGACGGCUCCAGCUGGGCAUGCGCAAAAGCUUCUUCCGCCUUGUCGCAUUUGUUCGCAGCCGGGAACUGGCCUGCACUAUCGGGGUCAACACAUGCGAAGCCUGCAAAGGGUUUUUCCGGCGGUCGCUGGUGAGAAAACGUCCGUACGUGUGCAAAGGUCGAGGAACACGUGCGAUCUCAACGGAAACCAAAAGAGAAUCUGUGCUGCCUGCCGUUACAAGCGUUGCCUGUCCGUGGGGAUGUCACAAGAGGCCAUCAAGCAGGGCCGCUACACCUAUCAAAAGCGUACUCAAGAUUACUACGAGCUUCAACGUCUGGAGGCCGCAUCGGGUCUGGACGGCCCCCACCUGACCGACGUGGACGUGGAUGCCAUCGUCGAGGGCCUGCUGGACGCCAGUAAGCACGUGCUGACCAACGCUGACGUCCCUGCUGACGUCAUGGAAUGGAAGUCUCGGCAGGCCUCUGAGAGCUGCGAGCUGCGCAAGCGCACCUUCGGGCUGCACGCGCUGUCGCCGGAAGAGCACGAGGAGAUUUACCGCACCACCGGCAUCGACAUCGACGGCAGGAAAAGCCUGAUCGAGUUCGUCGCCACCUGCCUGGAGCGGUACAUCAAAGGAUAUGUCCGCUUUGCCCGCGGCAUCCCGCACUUCAAACACCUGCCCUUGAACGACCAGGCCAACCUGCUGAAGGCCGGCCGCAAGGAGUUCUGGUACCUGGGUGCGUACAAGGGUUACUCCAAGAAGUACCAGACGUUCUACGCACCCAACGGCGUGGUGUACACCAAGACGGAACAGGCCCUGUUGCUAGGCAAUGAGUACUGCGACUACGAGUUCAAGAUCGCAGACCAGUUCCAGCGCUGGGACGUGACCAGGGACGAGCUGGUCGUCCUCAAAGCCAUCUGCUUGGCCUUCACCGACCGGUGCGACCUGGAGGAGCCCAAGAAGGUGGAAGAGAUCCAGACUCUGCUGUUGAAGUGCUUCUACAUGCUGUUGUCACGGCGACACGACAACCCCAACAUGGCGUUCGCGCAGGCUCUCGACAAGCUGGUGGCGCUGCGAGACCUGACCGAGUUCGACAUCAAGAAUCGGUCUCGAACUCUGGUCCGGUCAGCGUACAUGGAGCAUCCUGUACUGAGGGAAGUGGCUCUGUUUUGACGAGUCCUUCUCGUAGACCUCGAGUAUUAGAAUUCUCUGCAGCAACAUGGCAUACUUUGAGACAGAUUGUUCUCUGGAUGAUGCGAACUAAUAAACUUUCUAAACGCAUGUCCUGUCUGCACUAAGACGAAACCAUCCUGAAAUCAUGUGUGCAUUUACUAAUGUGAAAAUAAAGGGAAACAAUA